GCCUCUGAGAGAAAUUGCGCAAACCAAACAAACACCCUCCAGCUCCUUCCUUGCCCCCAGUCGAAUCGAAGGCUCCCGAGACCUAGCACGAUGUCCGCCAUGGAGACCGACAUCAACGCGCCGCCGCCGCCCGCCCCCGCCCCCGCCGGCGAGGGCUCCUCCGCGGCCGGCCCGUCCUCAUCCUCCUCCCGCAAGCCCAACAAGCGCUUCGAGAUCAAGAAGUGGAACGCCGUCGCGCUCUGGGCAUGGGAUAUCGUCGUCGAUAACUGCGCCAUCUGCCGCAACCACAUCAUGGAUCUAUGCAUCGAGUGCCAGGCAAACCAGGCCAGCGCCACCAGCGAGGAGUGCACUGUCGCUUGGGGUGUCUGUAAUCAUGCUUUUCACUUCCACUGCAUCAGCAGGUGGCUUAAGACUCGCCAAGUGUGCCCAUUAGACAACAGUGAGUGGGAGUUCCAGAAAUAUGGCCACUAGGGCCUGGGUCACCUGCAUGUGCCGUUGGAGCUUGUUUCUGGCCACUGCUGCUGCAAUCUAAGUGUUUUUGUCUGCCAAACAGCUCGUUCUUUUGCUGCUUUCAAUGCUUGCAUCUAUCGCCCGUCAAUUAUCGCUGGUAGUAUGUCCAUCCUGGGCUUGUAUUUGGAUGAUUCAUUGAGGACCAUAUUAUAGUAGUACCUUCUUAUCAAUGUUAUGUGGAUCUGCAUAAUUGAGCUUGAAUUGUGCUGUGGUAUCAUUUCUAAA